AUGGGGAAGCCUGGGGCCUGUGCUCACCGCUGGAAGAACAUCUACUAUGAGACAGACCAUAUCCUGCCCCAUGGCUUCUGCUAUAUCAUUCCAUCCAAUCUCCAGGCCAAAGGGAGGGUGCUGAUCCCUUGCUAUGAAGAAUAUAAGAAGAAGUACGGAGAGGAACACGGCUCCUGCCAGGCUGGGAUAGCAGGCUUCUUCACUGAGGAGCUGGUGGUAAUGGGUGCCCCAGGGUCAUUUUACUGGGCUGGUACGGUCAAAGUGCUGAACCUCACGGACAAUACCUAUUUUAAACUGAAUGAUGAAGCAAUCAUGAACAGGCGGUAUACCUACCUAGGCUAUGCAGUGACCGCUGGCCAUUUCUCUCACCCAACCACUACUGACGUGGUAGGAGGCGCCCCACAGGAUGAAGGCAUAGGAAAGGUUUAUAUUUUUAGAGCUGACCGAAGAUCAGGCACCCUAAUCAAAAUUUUUCAGGCAUCAGGUAAAAAGAUGGGGUCUUACUUCGGCUCUUCCUUGUGUGCAGUUGACCUGAACAGGGAUGGCUUCUCUGACCUGCUUGUGGGGGCCCCCAUGUUUUCUGAGAUCAGAGACGAGGGGCAGGUCACUGUCUACAUCAACAGAGGAAAUGGUGCCCUUGAGGAGCAGCUGGCCCUGUCUGGGGAUGGUACCUACAAUGCACACUUUGGAGAGAGCAUUGCCAGUGUGGAUGAUCUUGAUGAUGAUGGGUUCCCAGAUGUGGCCAUUGGUGCACCUAAAGAGGAUGACUUUGCAGGGGCAGUCUAUAUCUAUCAUGGUGAUGUUGAUGGGCUAGUCCCCCAGUAUUCAAUGAAACUGUCUGGGCGGAAGAUAAACCCAGUUCUACGGAUGUUUGGACAGUCCAUAUCAGGAGGCAUUGAUAUGGAUGGAAAUAGCUAUCCUGAUGUUACCGUUGGAGCCUUCAUGUCUGACAGUGUGGUUCUUCUAAGGGCCAGACCUGUCAUUACAGUAGACGUCUCCAUCUUCCUCCCAAGCUCUAUCAACAUCACUGCACCUCAGUGUCAUGAUGGACAACAGCCUGUGAACUGCCUGAAUGUCACUGCCUGCUUUAGGUUCCAUGGAAACCAUGUUCCAGGAGAAAUCGGCCUGAAUUACGUUCUGACAGCCGAUGUGGCCCAAAAGGAGAAGGGCCAGCUGCCCAGGGUCUAUUUUGUUUUGCUGGGAGAGACUCCUGGCCAGAUCUCAGAGAAGCUGCAGAUGGUCCACAUGGAGGAGACAUGUCGUCAUUACCUGGUCCAUGUCAAGCAAAGGGUACGAGACGUCAUCAGCCCCAUCGUGUUUGAAGCUGCCUACAGCCUUGGUGCACAUGUAACUGGUGAGGAGGAGCGGGAGUUGCCGACUCUGACACCAGUGCUGCGCUGGAAGAAGGGACAAAAGAUUGCUCAGAAGAAUCAGACUGUUUUUGAGAGGAAUUGCCUAUCUGAGGACUGUGCUGCCGACCUGCAGCUUCAGGGUAAACUGUUGCUCUCCAGGUAUGUCAGUGUUUCUUUCAUACCAUUGUUCUGGGAAGCUUGUUUUUCUUGAUGCAGGCCCAAGACCUGAAUGUUCAGA